AUGUCGGCUUUUGUUAUGGUUUUACUUUCUUUGAAGGAAAAAUUAACGUAUCCAUUAUCAAAUGAUAAAAAUGAAGUUGAACCGGAAACCUAUUUUCGAAUAACUAUAUGUAUUCCUUUCAUUGAUGCUUUCAUACAGCAAUUGGAAGACAGGUUUUUAGAACAUAGAAAUGUUUUUAAUGGUUUUCAGUGUUUAUUUUCAUACGAUUCAGAUGAUACACUAGUUGAAUUUGAUGAACUAGUGAAAUUUUAUUUCCCUGAUAGUGAUAUUGAUACUGUCAGAGCUGAGUUACAAAUGUGGAAUGUUAAACUCAAAAGAUUGAAUAUACAACCUAAAACUGGAUUGGAUGCACUAAAAUACUGCAGUGAACUUAUUUAUCCUAAUUUAUCAAAAUUAUUUAGAAUAUUUUGUACAUUACCCGUGUCUACUGCUACACCUGAGAGAAUGUUUUCAUGUUUAAAAAGGUUAAAGACCUACUUAAGAAACACUAUGAAAGAAGAGCGAUUAAAUGGCCUCACUUUAAUGGCAGUUCAUAGGAACAUUCCUAUCAGUGCUGAAGAAGUAAUUGAUGAAUUGACUAAAAAAAAAAGAAAAUUAAAUUUUGUUCUAUAA